AUGGCUUUCACUUCCACCCUCUCUAUCUCCUCACACCCGCAACCGCAACCGCAACUUCGCCUCCGCCAAAACCGCUCGCAGUAUCUGGCCGUAACCGCCGUCCAAUUCGUCUGGCUUCCGCCUCUAAAGAGGCGGAGAGCCUUUGCUUUGGGAGUGUCUUCUAGAAGCUUCGUGGUUAGGGCUGCCUCUAGUGUUCCUUCGGCACGUGCUUCUGGUUCUCGUAGAGUCUAUCGCGAGUCUCAGGCUAAUGCGACUCUCUCCGUUGCUACUGUUAAACAGAUUGCAACCGCUGUUGCUCCGUUUGGUGUCUUCUUAGCAGUCACAUUCGUUAUCUGGAAGUUGGCGGAGAAGCUUCUUGUUCCAACUCCAAAGCAAUCAAAGUCUACAUCCGGUGAAAGCCAGUCUCCUUCACAAGGAUUGAAAUGGUCAUUUGCUGCCGGUACAAAUUUGUUGUCUCAGCUUGGGGCGAAGAUUGAGAGACAAUCUCAACAGAAACUUAACGAGUUUGCUCGAGAACUGAGGGCAUUUCCAUUUAUUGAUAUGUCAGGGCGCAAUUUUGGAGAUGAAGGAUUAUUCUUUCUUGCAGAGAGCUUGGCAUUCAACCAGACUGCAGAGGAAGUGAGUUUUGCUGCAAAUGGAAUAACUGCUGCUGGAAUGAAAGCUUUUGAUGGUGUUCUUCAAUCAAACAUCACGCUGAAGACUCUUGAUCUUUCAGGGAAUCCUGUUGGAGAUGAAGGAGCUAAGUGCCUAUGUGACAUACUGAUGGGUAACUCCACCAUUGAGAAGCUCCAGCUAAACAGUGCUGACUUGGGGGAUGAGGGUGCAAAAGCUAUUGCAGAAAUGCUGAAAAAUAAUUCGAGUUUGCGGGUGCUUGAACUUAACAACAACAUGAUCGAAUAUUCUGGAUUUACAAGCCUGGCUGGAGCACUUCUUGAGAAUAACAGCAUAAGAAAUAUACAUCUCAAUGGCAAUUAUGGUGGUGCAUUGGGGGCUAAUGGAUUUGCUAAAGCACUUGAGAGAAACAAGUCCCUAAGGGAACUACAUUUGCAUGGAAAUUCUAUUGGUGAUGAAGGAAUUCGUUCGUUGAUGACAGGAUUGGCCUCUCAUAAAGGGAAACUUUCACUUCUAGACAUUGGCAACAACUCAUUAACAGCUAAAGGUGCAUUCUAUGUUGCUGGGUAUAUUAAAAAGGUCAAAAGCCUGUUGUGGUUGAACAUCUACAUGAAUGACAUUGGUGAUGAGGGUGCAGAAAAUAUUGCAGACGCUUUAAAGGAAAAUAGGUCAUUAACGACAUUAGAUCUGGGGGGAAAUAACAUUCAUGCUGUUGGAAUUGGUGCUGUUGCUAAAGUUUUGAAAGAUAAUUCCGUUAUUACCACUUUAGAACUUAGUUAUAAUCCCAUUGGACCAGACGGAGCCAAGGCCUUGGGCGAAAUUAUCAAGUUUCAUGGAAAUGUAAAAACCCUUAAACUUGGUUGGUGCCAGAUAGGAGCAAAAGGGGCAGAGUUCAUUGCAGAUGCUUUAAAAUAUAAUACAACAAUAUCAGUUCUGGACUUGCGGGCAAAUGGACUAAGAGAUGAAGGUGCAAUGUGCCUGGCUCGGAGCUUGAAAGUUGUUAAUGAAGCUCUGACUUCACUAGAUUUAGGAUUUAAUGAAAUACGGGAUGAUGGAGCAUUUGCUAUUGCUCAAGCACUCAAGUCUAAUGAAGAUGUGGCUGUCACAUCUCUAAACAUUGGCAGUAACUUCCUUACCAAAUUUGGCCAGAGUGCUUUAUCCGAUGCAAAAGACCAUGUGUUUGAGAUGACUGAAAAGGAAAUCGCCAUUUUUUUCUAA